CUAAGCCGCCGGGACCACCGGUUAGUCUACCUGUAAAUCUUGCUUAUUUUUUUUGGAUUUUAAUUACGGUUUAUUAAAUAUUGGAUUGUAUGUAAUGAAAUUGAAAAAUAUUUUUUCUCUUGAAUUGAGAAAUUGUGGAUAAAAUUUUCUACGAGGCCUCGAAAUGACGAUGGUGGGUCUUAACGUUUUAUGAGAGGUCCGUGGGUGUUUUUAAUAAAUAAAUCUUUUACGCACGAUCGACUUCGCAGGAACGUACCUGGGAAUAAAGAAUACGAAGUGGAACCAUUUAUUGGAAAUGAUAUUUGCCGAAAGAUACCAAGAGGAACUCCAUUGUAGGAGCAUCAGUGAGGUCGUUAAUCACAUAUAUCGGAAUCAUUUACUAUAAAAGCAGCUUGACGUCUUGGUUACCGAUUCUAAAUUGAAUAUGACGUACUUCCAUGAAUAUCCACCGACAAACGAUUGCUAGAUUGUGAAGGUGCUUCUCAAUACGACUGUGGAAGUCUUCACACAUACCAAUAGACCUGUUUACUUACUGGCUGUAGCGCACAGCUGGCUGACGAGCUAGCGAACAGAUUGGUCCGGCUAGAAUUCUGAUUGCGGAGAACUUACCAAUAGAGAAGAUUUUGUAAGAAAAUUUUCUCGUAAAAUCAUUCACGUGACCGGAUAUCUGUUUGGAAAUAAUGGAAGAAAUGUAUAUGGAGUCACGCAUGGGCUUGCAUCAAUGUGUCGAGGAAAAUUAUGAUUCCAAGUCUGAGAAUUCAUUACAGGAGUGGCAGUGCCAGUGACUGACGUCACGAUGCGCAUGUUGCUGCUGCUGAGAUUGGUGUUAGCGGCAGCGGGUGCGCUGCUGGCGAGCGCGAAUUCGCUGAUUGACACAGAAGACGAGAUGCCAUACCAGAUCAGUUCGAAAGAACGUAAACAGGCAAUUGCCAGAGUAGAGAAUGAAAUUCUUAAUCUAUUGGGAAUGGCCAAACGGCCCAAGUCCGUUGAACCAGCUCACGUUCCUGACUCCCUCAAAAAACUCUAUAAACGUCAAAACUUCCUUGGAACGGCUAAUAUUGCCAAGCGAGGAAUACAUGCCAAUUCAGCAAACACAGUUCGUGCCUUCAAUCAUAUCGAAAGCAAUCUGGACAAGACUUUCAAGAAUCCGUACAGGUUUCGGCUCAACUUUGAUGUGAGGAGUAUUCCGGAUGGUGAAAAGCUGGAAGCUUCGCAAUUGACGUUGUCGAGGGUAUCGCUUCCAGAAGACGGGCGAACCGAGCGACGAGCAGUGCGCAUUCUGGUGCACGAUAUCGUUCGACCUGGAGUCAAAGGCGUUCAUCAGCCCAUCUUCAGGCUAAUUGACAGCCAAGUGGUGGACGCGAGAAGGAACACGUCAGUGAGUUUGGACGUGCAUCCGGCUGUUGAAAGGUGGUUGAGAAAGGGAGGAGCGAGCGAGAACCAUGGGUUGCUGGUCGAAGUGGUGGGUGACGAGACAAUGAAGAAGGUCGAGCACGUGAGACUGCGACGCAGCGUUGAUGAGUCUCAUGAUUCCUGGGUCGUUAAUCGGCCAACGCUCUUCAUCUACACUGACGAUGGCAAGAACAAAAUGGCCACCGCCAACCAGAUAAUAGAGCGACGGGAGAGGCGUGCGGCGACUCGGAAGCAUCGCAGAAAAGACGGCAGGGAAAAUUGCCGACGACAUCCGCUCUACGUUGACUUUGUCGACGUCGGCUGGAACGACUGGAUCGUGGCUCCUCCGGGGUACGAUGCGUUCUAUUGCCACGGCGAGUGUCCAUUCCCCCUCGCCGAUCAUCUCAAUUCGACGAAUCACGCCAUUGUCCAAAAUUUGGUCCACUCGACGAAUCCGAGUCAAGUGCCCAAGGCCUGUUGCGUGCCCACGGCUCUCAGCUCCAUUUCCAUGCUCUACUUGGACGAGGAGAACAAGGUGGUGUUGAAGAACUACCAGGACAUGGCGGUGCUGGGCUGCGGUUGUCGCUGAAGAAUUAAAAGCUGAGAAGAGCAGAAGAGGAAUGCCGAGGUGAGCCGAGUAAACCCGAGAAGAUGUGACUCGAGAGCCUCGCAGGUAUAGGCGAGUAGAGUCAGAGGGAGAGAGAGAGAGAGAGAAAGAGAGAGAGAGAGUACACUGCGACCUGUCUCCACUUGCCUCCAUACUCCAAGUUACUUGCUCGUUAGAAGGAGCGAAUGGCAAACGCGCGAAUGCGUGACGCUGCCGCAUUCUCUACAGUUUCAGUAAUCAACAAACUUGGCGGCCUAUGAACUAAGAGACCGAUAGGCAAAGCCAAACCUCCUUGGACGCGCGUAAUUUAUUAAUAAGGCUGUAGCGAAAACCGGUAUAGAUUUAUUUAGCGUCCGCGGAUACGUGCUAUUUGAAGAAACGAAUGUAUGGAUCUUUGUAAGUCAACUUAUUUCAAUGUAUCAAAAUGUUCUCUUCUCUCGACUCUCGAAAUCUAAGAUUUCUAUUAUCAAUGUCAAAAAAUACAUAACCGAAAGAAUCAUUAAUAUCGAGAACAAAAUUUCGAAACAGACACAAUAUAGAAACUGGAUGGAUCAGGCCAUCGAAGAAAAGAAUAGUCUCUGCCUCGAGCAAUAUAUUCGAUGGAAAAGUUGCGUUCCGGUAUACGCGCCACUGGCAAGAAUGCGUGUACUGUGUACAACGUUGCGUCACUGACAGUCAACAACCCGAUGCAUAUGCGCAAGCAUAAAAUCGCUAAUUUUCCGAUUCCCGAGUGCGAAUUAUUAUAAUUUGCCCUGUGGUUUUUGUUUUUAAUAGUUUAUCUCGAGAGAAUUCUUUUAUAAAAAAUUGCGGUUUCCGAAAGUCGCCUUUAAAGUUAAAGAGCUUAGACUGUGUAGAUUUAUCUCUGUGUCGUCUUUCUCCUAUUCUUCGAAAAGCAUUUUGCUUUAUAGACUAUUCUCUUUUUUUUAAUGAACGCGAGUAAUAUAUUUAUACGUAUAUGUGAUUUUGUGAAUUACAAAAUUGAAAAUAUUUAACGUAAAUCCGUACCUGCUUAAGGAAUAUUAUUUAUUACUUUUUUGCUAACGAAUCUUUUAGGAAAAGCGUGUAUAUUUGUACAAAUUUUUGUUAAUAAUAACUUUAGCUGCGAUGUAAAAUGUGUGAAUAGGUAUGACUAUGUACACACUGUAAAUAAAAAAAAGUACGAGUUGUAAAUGUACACCACGUAUGAUGUAUAUUUUUUACAAUUGUUAUAAAUGUAUAUUUUUAAACAAUUGUUUACACCGAUAUUCGCAUAUAAUUGUCUAUUGUACAUAAGGAAUAAAUCCGAAAAAUUAGCAAUUACACCUUCAA